GCAGAAAUGAAGGACGUUUUGUCCUCACUAUAUUGACGGUGCGGAGUUAUCAACUUUCCACUCUCAGCCCACAGUAUACAUCUUUACUUACUACUAUAUAUGCACACACACAAAAUGAAAGAAGAAAAUAUCUUCAUUCAUUCAACACAACACUGUUUAAAUUAAGCCAGAUACCAACAACAAUGAAUACUGCUGGUCAGGUCAUUCGAUGCAAAGCUGCGGUUGCAUGGGAAGCCGGAAAGCCAUUGGUAAUUGAAGAAGUGGAUGUGGCACCUCCACAGAAGCAUGAAGUUCGACUCAAGAUUCUUUUCACCUCCUUAUGCCACACUGAUGUUUACUUCUGGGAAGCUAAGGGGCAAACACCUUUGUUUCCUCGAAUUUUCGGACAUGAAGCUGGAGGAAUUGUGGAAAGUGUAGGUGAAGGUGUUACAGAUCUCCAACCAGGAGAUCAUGUUCUUCCUGUGUUCACUGGAGAAUGCCAGCAGUGCCGGCACUGUAAAUCAGCGGAAAGCAACAUGUGCGACCUCCUAAGAAUAAAUACAGACAGGGGAGUUAUGAUCAGUGAUGGUCAAACAAGAUUUUCCAAGGAUGGGAAGCCGAUAUACCACUUUGUUGGAACUUCCACCUUUAGUGAAUACACUGUUGCUCAUUCUGGAUGCGUCACCAAGAUUGAUCCACAGGCACCACUUGACAAAGUUUGCAUCCUGAGUUGCGGAAUCUCAACAGGACUUGGUGCAACGCUGAAUGUUGCCAAACCUACUAAAGGUUCUACUGUGGCUAUUUUUGGUUUAGGAGCUGUUGGCCUUGCUGCUGCUGAAGGAGCUAGGCUAGCUGGGGCUUCUAGGAUCAUCGGCAUUGAUUUGAAUCCCAGCAGAUUCAAUGAUGCCAAGAAGUUUGGUGUCACAGAGUUUGUGAAUCCAAAAGAUCAUGAUAAGCCUGUCCAGGAGGUGAUCGCUGAGAUGACCGAUGGAGGUGCUGACCGGAGUGUUGAGUGUACUGGAAAUGUCAAUGCUAUGAUCUCUGCUUUUGAAUGUGUCCAUGAUGGUUGGGGUGUGGCUGUGCUUGUUGGCGUGCCAAACAAAGACGACGCAUUCAAAACUAAUCCCAUGAAUCUGUUAAAUGAGAGAACACUCAAGGGCACCUUCUUUGGCAACUACAAGCCCAAAACUGACCUUCCAUCUGUAGUGGCCAUGUAUAUGAAUAAGGAACUAGAGCUGGAGAAGUUUAUCACCCACCAAGUACCAUUUUCAGAGAUCAAUAAAGCGUUUGACAUUAUGCUGAAAGGGGAAGGCCUGCGUUGCAUGAUCACUAUGGGACAUUGAAGUAUGCUAAAUAGGGAGAAAACUUUGUGGGGUUGAUCUUGAUCCCAUCUUAUCCCCCCUAUUACCUAGUAAUAUAGAGCUUGAAUGUAAUAACACAAACGGUAUUUUAUUGGGGCCUAAUGAUGUAAAGUGGAGUUUGAAGGUGUUCUAAAAAGCCCUGAGUUUGCUUAACAUAUUAUGUAAUAAUAUUGUAUGUUUCGAAAGGCUUGAGUUUUGAUCA